AUGGCUUUGUCGCUUUUGCAGGACGCUCAAACAGCAAGAGGAUUAGCCGCCGUCCGUACGUUGCAAGGCAUGAACCGUGACGAAGAGCGCAGCCUGUCGGUAUCACCACCCCUCACUGGCCAGCGCCAGCAGCACCAUCUCGCCAUGAACUUCCAGCACACACCCUCCCUUUACGGAGGCUUCCACCCAGCCACGGCCUCAGCCAUGGGCAUGCUAGCCCCGCAGCUUCUGGCCGCCAACCAAACAGCCGCUGCCGCCCUCAUGGCCGCCGGCUUGCCCAUGUCCCUACGGGCGUCUCUUGCCACUGGUCUCUUCCCGCCCCAUGCCGCCCUUUUCGGUGCGUGGGCUCCUCCUACGCCCACCAGCAACAACAGCAGCCCACCACCACCCCAGAGCCCCAUCUCACCUGCCCUCAGCCACAAGAGCUCCAAGUCGCUCAAGCUAAGCGCCGCCGCAGCAGCCAACAACAACAACAACAGCACCAACAACAACAACAACCACAUCGUGUCGACAACCUCGGAAAUCGUCCCGCAGUCGAAGAAACUCUCGAAGCGGAAGUUGCAGUCGUCCGCGCGGAAGGAUACCGCCCAUCACCACCUCCACCACUCACACCUGAUGCGAUCUCCAAGCCACCACCUCUCGAUCCCUGUCGAUCUGCCAGUCAGCCCAGGACCCAUCUCACCGCCCACUUCCGGCUCAUCGCCACAAUCCAAUGGUAGCGUGGAACUCCCGGCUACGAUCACGACCACCUCGGCAAGCUCAGCAGCGGCAGCAGCGGCCAACUCGUCCUCAUCCGCAUCCUGUUCAUCGGGGGCGUCGCGCGAUCCUUCCCGCGACAAGGUGUUCACGUGCAAGAUCUGCAGCCGUUCGUUCGGCUACAAGCACGUGCUGCAAAACCACGAGCGGACGCACACCGGCGAGAAGCCGUUCGAAUGUCCGGAGUGUCACAAACGCUUCACGCGCGAUCACCACCUCAAGACACACAUGCGGCUGCAUACGGGCGAAAAGCCGUACUCCUGCACGCACUGUGACCGGCAGUUCGUGCAAGUUGCCAACCUACGCCGACACUUGCGCGUGCACACGGGCGAGAAGCCGUACGAGUGCGAGAUGUGCGACCAAAAGUUCUCCGACUCGAACCAGCUGAAGGCGCACAUGCUCAGCCACAGCGGCCAGAAGCCGUUCCACUGUGAUAGGUGCAAUUCGAGCUACCGUCGGCGGCACCAUCUGCUGCAUCACAAGUGCGGUCUACCGAGUCCGCCGACACCCGCCGUUAGUCCGGCGGCUUCUGCUGAUCUUCAUCUCCACCACUCCGACCACAAGUCCGUGUGUGGUGGAUCCGAUUCAAGCGAUCUGUCGCUCGAUGCACUCUCGAAGGCACCACCGUCCGCGUUGUUGCUGCACCAGAAGUUCCCAGGUCUAACAUUGCCACUGGCCGCAGCAUUUGGGCCACUUUCGGACACCUCCGGAGCUGAAACGGCGGCUAUGGACCUUCGUCACAGCGCGAAUCGAUCACGUACACCUCAGCAGAUCGCACACGUCAAGAGCGAACUGCCGGAGCAGACCGAACCUGAGGACCUCAGCAUGCAUUCGCCACGAUCACCCGUGUCGAUGGAGGAGCUGGAUGAGCUGGAUGAUGCUGCAACACUUUACCUGAAGCAGCGGCAGCUCUUCCAUCAUCACCACCACGGGAUGGAACUGUAA